CUCCCGACUAUCGCUGCCCUCCACUGCGUAGGUAAGGUGGUAGGUACGUCUGCGCCGUGUACGCAGUACUCGCUGCUUCCAGCCAUAUACGCCCUGUGACCGGUCACCGCCGCAUGCCCCUUUGCAUUCUCUCCGUCUUUUCCCACGAUUGACACACAAGGGCUCAACCGAACAAGACGAGCCCGUACCUUACCUCGUCACCUCCGAGUCUUGUCCUCUGACAAAACUCACGAUCUAUCCGUCUUACUACCUCCCUCCUUCCCUCCUCUCAUCCCUUUCUUUCUCUUCCCCUCCUCAACACCUACGCGCCGCACGGGCAGCGACAGCAACAUUUCAUCGCGGCAUCGCCCAACCACAGACCAGCCUCUCCCACCACAUCUACACUCUACCUGAGGUACUGCCCUCAACCGACACCGGGGCCACCUCUGCGUCACUCUUUCGUCCCAUCACUCUCACUCUGCCCCUCGUCUCACUGAAAAAAGGGUUCUCCAACACAACCUCCCCAACCAACUUUUCCCAUUCGGCCUGGUGUUCUCUGCCCUAUCCAACUCCUCUCGUUCGGAUCGACGCUUCGAAAUUAUCCUUUCGCCAAUCCUUCCCCAACUCUCCAUCUGCCGCCCUCCGCCAUGGCUCAAUCCACCGAGCCGCGGAGGCGGUUCGCCCCCGUUCCUAUCGAGACCACCUUCGAGUCUGUACGUAAGACUACUGAGCAACAACCGCAAUCUCAGCAACAGCAACAUCAAACAGGCCCGGCACCUGAGUUGACUCCCGAACACACCCCGCGAACGCCCUCUCCCAAUCCUUUCGAGCAGCGGAUGCAGCAGCCGCCGCCGCAAUUGCAUUCUCUGCAAAGCCAGCCGGCACCGAGACGCCGCUUCGCUCCCCAACUUAUCGAGACCUCUAGGCGCGCCCGUAGGGAGGGCGACGCUGGUCCUGCCACUCGCCCGACCGAUAAGACCGACAUCACCCCUUACACGAAUCACAUCUACCUCCAACGGAACAAGUCGAGACGCAAGUUGAACGAUGGCGCCGCUUCGCCCGCUUCCCAGACUCAACAGAUUCAGAGGCAACCAAAGGGCGCACGAAGAGAGUCGGAAGACGAGAAUGCAGGCACCUACAUGUUGGAAUGGGCUGCUAUGGAGGCUGAACGCCAGAUGCAAGAGGCUGCUCUGGCAGCGUUCCCCAACAGUCGCCCGCGUGAGGGAGGCGCCGCCCAUUUCUACUUCAGAGAGAGUUCGGGAGACGACAGCACACCAGAGAGCGUCUCGCCACAGCAGACCGGUACUCAGGCCAAGCCAAGGGGCCGCCAUGGCCAUGCUCCCCGCCGCAAGUCUUCAGAAGUUGGAUAUUGGCAAAAGGAGAUGCAGAAGCAUGCCCAGGAUCUGGCUGUUGCCAGAGGCGAGCACGCGCCUGUCUUUGACGAUGACGACGACGACAGCACCAAGAACGAUUCCGAACUCGACAGGAUGGAACUCGACACCCCGCCAGAUCCCAUGUGGUUGACGAACAAGAGGAACCACACCACCGACACCAGCUCCAAAGGACCAUUGGAACCGAUUGGCGAGAGUUUCAUGCCGCUGAUCGCGCCUGACCCAAUCGCUACUCAAGAUACCCGACGUCCGGAGCUUCCUCCCCCAGAGCCGGUGAGCAAGCCCAUUGGCGAAUCUGGCAUGCCAUACAUUCCGCCAGACGCGGCCAGCAAGCCUGCCCAAGUGCCUAUCGCCGCACCUGCGCAGGUCGUUCCCGAAACCGGCUUCCGAAAGCCUCAAGGCGGAUUUGGCCGCCCGUUCGGCAACUUCGGACUCCCUGCGGAGACAAGCGAGUUUCGCAAGAUGCGCAAGGCGGCGUCCCCGCCGAUGCUGGGCAAGGACCUGGUUUUCCGAAAAUGCCCCUCGCCGAAGCAGACCAAACUUGAGCCGGACCACCCCUUCACCGAAGGCCCGACCGUCGAGGAGAGAAACAGGGAUGCCACGGGAGAAGCCGGCUUGUGGAGGGGUUACUGCUUCCGGGGCAGCGAAAGCGAUCAGGCCAUUGUACCACCGCAUCUUCAAGGUCCCAGAAUGCUGCAUACACCGCUUCCAGCCGCCACCCCUGCGGACCCAUUCGCUGCAGCCUUUAGCAAGAGCUCAUUGACGGAUGAGCCUGGAUCGGACUAUGCGUCUGCGACUCUGACACCAAACACAGCUGAGCACCGCGUUCGAUCGGGCGAGGCCAAGGGUCUUCACAUGCUCGCUGGCCUUGAGGACCGCCUCAAGCGCGAAAAAGCAUUGGAGGAGAAGAUUGCAUCGGAAUUCGACGACAUCUUUAUCACGCAGGUCUACAACUACUUGUCGCUGGGAUACCCCGCCAUGGCAAGGUCCUUUGACGAGGAACUUGCCAAGAUUGCUCAAGUCAGUGUCGAAGAGCUUGAAGCUGAUGACGCAAAGCAAAUGGCAAGUGGUCAUUUGAUGGAGCCGGCUGAGGCUGAGUUGGCAGAGGAGAAGAGAUGCCCGAGAUGGAAGGCGCUAAAAUCCUACAUCUACGAGUGGGCUAGACAACACCCGGAUCUGGACAGCCUGGAUUCCCUCGCAUGGGGCGUACGAGAGAGACGAGGCAGUUGGGCCAUUUAGACGGUCGACAUAACAAUACGAGAGAGAGAAAAAAAGCAAAUGUGCAGUUUUUGACAUUUCGCCAUUGGAGACGAGGAUUCAGCGGGCAACACAGCAUGGUCGAACCGAGCAGAAGAGCAGCAUACUGGGUGAUUUGAUAGAGGCAGUGCGAUUUCAACGAGGCGUUUCACAUUGUCUCCCACCUUUCUCAACAGGGAGACUCUUUUUUGGCAGCAACCGGCAUGAUUUGGUGGUUUGAUACAGGACAAAACACGAGGUGUUGAGGGCCUAGAACGAUAAGAGGAGCUGCAAGCUCGCAUUCUAGAUGCUGCCUGUGGGGUCAAAGCAGGUGGAGAGGAACAGCAUUCGGACACAAAUGGGAAAGGGGCGCAGCAACGUUGUGGGUCACGUCGAGAAGAGGAUGCAGAGUGCAAAUGCUCCCAACGCGGAGAAUUUGAGGCAUCAGUGAGGAUGACAGAAUGUACACGAACCUUGCCCUCAGGGGUGCUGACACCACAGUGGGCAAAGGGUUUUCGAUAGGUACAUUGGAAUGUGAAUUCAACGGCAACGGCCGUCUGAUUUGACUCAGUAUCUUGGACUGUUUCUCACUGCGAUGUUUUCUCACUGCGAUGAUGUAUGCACGUUUGUGUGACUGCUUUGUGAACAUGAUAUACACACAACAAGCAUUGUUGAGGUUGCGAGUACUGAUGACG